AUGGUUUUGCUAACCUUUCCUAGAGGAGCUGAUGCUGUGAUCAUCGCAUCCUCUGGCAGCUCAGAUAUCUAUUCGCACUAUGCAAAAGCUGGCGGCCUGCUGUAUCUCAGCGGCCAGGUUCCUAUGGAUGGCACGGGCCAUAUUGUUCCCGGUGGGAUCGAGGAGCACACCGCCCAAUGCAUCUCCAACAUUGAGCAAGUCCUCAAGAGCGCCGGGUCUAGCAUCGAAAAGCUCGUCAAGGUCAAUAUCUUCCUCAAGCAUAUGAGCGACUUUGAUGCGGUCAACGAGAUCUAUGAGAAAGCUCUUCCAACCCCCAAGCCAGCAAGGACUUGCAUGCAGGCUGGAAAGCUGCCUCUGGAUGUGCUGAUCGAAAUCGAGGCUGUAGCACUAGCCUGA